AUGAUUUAUUACGGGCUCUCUCUCCUUUUGACUUGGGUCUUCCUGGUCGUGGUCGCGCAGGAUCGACAAGGUCUUGAGAUUGACACCGCGUUCGCCAUCGAGGCCGUCAAGCGAGCAUUCCCGGAUGCCCCGAACAAUUAUGUCCCCGCCGCGGUCAAUUGCCCCUCCACUCGCCCGGCGGUCAGGGGCGCGAAAACACUAUCGCCCGAGGAGCAAUCGUGGCUCGAGAAGCGCCGGAACAAUACCAUCGACCCCAUGAAGGAUUUGCUUGGUCGUCUCAACAUUACCGGUUUCGACAUCAACUCUUGGUUCGCAGCUCACGGUACAAAUGCCUCGACGCUACCAAACAUUGGUUUGGCUUUUUCCGGAGGUGGAUAUCGUGCUUUGAUGAAUGGCGCUGGCGCUAUUGCUGCCUUUGACAGCCGAACAAACAAUUCUACCUCCUCUGGUCAUUUGGGUGGACUGCUACAGGCUUCAACAUACGUAGCUGGUCUUUCUGGUGGGAGCUGGCUAGUGGGAUCUAUCUUCACGAACAACUUUACCACGGUCACUGAUAUCACCAGCCAAAACACUGGUGACUUUUGGCAAUUUGGAAACUCCAUCUUUAAAGGUCCGCCAAAGAGUGGCAUCCAACUCUUGAACACGGCCCAGUACUACAGCAACAUUUACGAUGAAGUCAGCAACAAGGAAGAUGCCGGCUGGCAUAUAUCCCUCACCGAUUUCUGGGGCCGUGCUCUUUCUUUCCAGUUGAUCAAUGCCACUGACGGUGGCCCUGCUUAUACUUUCUCUUCGAUUCAAGAUGAUCCCCAGUUCAUUUCGGGUGACAUUCCCAUGCCAAUUAUUGUUGCAGACGGGCGGGCUCCUAACCAAACUUUGAUCUCGGGCAACUCGACAGUUUAUGAAUUCACUCCCUAUGAAUUUGGCACCUUUGAUCCGACCGUGUUCGGAUUCGUGCCCACUCGGUACCUCGGAUCCAACUUCACAGCUGGACAGAUUCCAUCCAACGAUAAGUGUAUUCGCGGAUUCGACAAUGCGGGUUUCGUCAUGGGCGUAUCGUCGACCUUGUUCAACCAAUUCCUUUUGCAAAUCAAUUCAACGAGCAUUUCUCCAUCCUUCAAAAAGGCAUUGACUAAAAUCCUUCAGGAUGUCGGCGAAGAUAACAACGACAUUGCCGACAUCUAUCCCAAUCCAUUCUAUCACUACAAUAGCCUUUCUAACCCUGGUGCAAAUGCAACCACUCUGACCUUGGUUGAUGGCGGCGAGGAUCUGCAAAACAUACCCUUGCAGCCUCUUAUCCAGCCAGAACGGAGCCUGGAUGUCAUCUUCGCAGUAGACAGCUCUGCUGACACUACCACGUAUUGGCCAAACGGUACCUCGCUCGUUGCGACCUAUCAGCGAAGCUUAAAUGGUACUGGCAUUGGCAAUGGCACCGCAUUCCCAUAUAUUCCGGAUCAGAACACAUUUGUCAACCUUGGCCUCAACACGCGACCCACCUUUUUUGGCUGCAACACGAGCAACAUGACUGGCCCUGGACCAUUAAUAGUGUACUUGGCCAAUUACCCCUAUGUUUUUAAUUCGAACGUGUCGACCUUUCAGGACUCGACAAACAAUACUGAGCGAAACGCUGUCAUUGAGAACGGAUACGACGUGGUGACCAUGGGCAACGCGACCACAGAUGCUCAGUGGCCUGUCUGUGUGGGCUGCGCCAUUUUGAGCCGGAGCCUCGAGAGGACCAAUACGACGUGGCCUAGUGUCUGCGAGCAGUGUUUUAGCAAAUUCUGCUGGGACGGCACUGUUAAUAGCACCCAACCGGAAGGUUAUGCUCCACCUACGACUUUUUCUAGUUUAAAGGUCAACGGCUCCGCGAAACUGAAGCGUGUCGGUCCUUUGGCGCUGCUGGCGGCCCUUGUCACGGGUGCGUCAAUGAUGUGA